AUGCCCAGCCCAGUGCCGCGAGGCAGCCGGCCGCCCGCUCCCCCGGGCGCAGGAGACGAGACCUCGGAGCUCCAGCGCCGCCCCGCGGGUCCAGGCAGGCCCCGCGCUCCCGGGCGCCUCGAGUCUUCCUUCUCCGUCGAGGCCAUCCUGGCCAGGCCUGCCCGCCGCGCGCCCCCCGCCGCCGCCCCAAUGUCCGGCGUCGCCGCGGACCUCGGCUCGGCUCCCUCCCGGUUUCCCGCGACGUGGCUGCCGGCCUACCUGAGCGUGAGUCUCUACCAGCCGUGCCCCCAGCUGCCCCGGACGGGGCUCCGCGUGGCUCACCUCUUCGGCCUCCAGGGCCUCGGCGUCCAGGGCCUCGGCGCAGCUCACUGCUCAGCCUCUGGGGCACUACCUCCAGACUGGGCUCCAGGAGAACUUCAGGACACUGAGGGGAGCCUCAGAGGUUGAACCAUGUUUAACUUGAAGCAGCUGGAAGAGUUGGAGAAAGUGUUUACAAAACAGCACAAUCUAGUGGGGAAGAAGAGAGCCCAGCUGGCAGCCCAGCUCAACCACGAGGAGGAGGUGAGGGUCUGGUUCCAAAACCGCAGGGUCAAGUAUCAGAAGCAGCAAAGGCUGAAGCUACCAGCUGUGUCUGCCAUGGCUGCCUCCCAGGAUGAGCCCUCCAGCAGCUCUGACAGCAGCAUCCAGAGAGAAGACACUGAGUCAGGAGUGGACAGCUGA